AUGUACAACGAUUUGGCAAAAUCAUGUGAACUACUGAACGCUCAUUUAAAUGAAACUUCGCUAAAUUAUCCAGAGGAUGGAUGGGGGUACUGGAUAAUUGUUGGUUGUGAUCCUGAGUGGACGUAUUUUUCAGGAUAUUGUUAUAAUCACUUCAAUCAAACGCCAAUGUCAUGGUUUGAUGCUGCAGUACAGUGUGAAAGACACAAUGCAUAUCUUACGGAUGUAAAUUCCUUAGAAGAAAAUACAUGGAUUUUUGAAAAUCUUUUCGAUUCAGAAGAGUGCAGAGGAUUUUCGAACUGUUAUGUUUGGAGUGGAGGGCAUAGGCUUGACGAAGAUGGCAACUUUAUGUGGAUGGGAAGUAACUCUACUAUUGAAUUGGUCUCAUCAUGGGCUCCAAGUGAACCGAACGGUCGGUCGGGCGAUGAAAACUGCAUUGCAAUAAAACGCUCAACAGGGAAGUGGUCACAGUCUGUACGUACACCCACUUAA